CUGACAAAGUCGUCAGCCCAUGCCUCAAUCGUUCUUUCAAUCACACGAGGGUUGCCUGAGAGAGCAAAUUGAUUAAUCUAUUUGCUGGAGGCAAGGUUAAACUGUCAUCAUGGUUGCUUCAAAGAAACAAAAGAAGGCUAUGGAGAGCAUCAACACAAGGCUUGCCCUUGUCAUGAAGAGUGGCAAGUACACCUUGGGAUACAGGUCAACUCUGAAAACAUUGAGACAAGGAAAAGCUAAACUUGUUAUCAUUGCAUCAAACACCCCACAACUGAGGAAAAGUGAAAUAGAGUACUAUGCCAUGUUGGCUAAAACUGGAGUUCAUCAUUACACUGGUAACAACAUUGAACUUGGAACAGCUUGUGGAAAAUAUUUCAGGGUUUCAGUGUUGAGCAUAACUGACCCAGGAGACUCUGACAUCAUCAGGUCCAUGCCAUCAGGAGAACAAGCAGCUCAAUAAAUUUGAUAUCAAAUGAUUAAAUGAUA